CUUUCUCCUUGAAGGCGCUUGGCAACCCCUGCCCCCUAAGGGAGUGGAGGCAGAGAAAGACUACAUCUACAUCUCUCACGUCGGCCCGAGUACAGAUUGGCAAGUGGUAUGGAACGCAGACCUCUGUCAUUUAUUUAUUUUUCUUUCCACUGGGUGCGCUGUCCCUUUAAAUGGGGGACGCUGGUGCUGGCUCCGUAACACCGGAGCCGGCAGCUUGUUGAUUUCAGAGCUGGUGAAUUUCACAUUGUUUCCACUUCACUUUCCUCGCCCGGGGGAGGCUUAGGUUGGCUCUACCACCGCUAUAGUCGGGGCCAGCGAGGGCCAGGGGAGGGCAGGGACUUACUGCAUCUGGGCCAGCUUGGGGCCGCAGGAAAGGGUGUCGGGGCCACACACGCACUCUCGCUGCAGUCCAGAUCCUCCUGAAGCCCGGACGCCCGGAGCGCACCCGGCCGGGACCGCCCGCCCAGACGCCGGCCCGCCAGCCCGCCCACGGGCCGGGGUCACAGCCAAGGAGCCGACGAGGGGAGGAGGCCCAGGGGGGCUGGGUGGGGGGGGCGGGGGUGGGUGCUGCCGCCGCCGCGGAGCUGCUACUCGGCGCGUUUUGUAUGAAGAUGGCGGCUCCCACCGCCAGCAAGGCAGCCUCCCUGGGCUGUAACAACAAGCCUGCGUUCCCGGAGCUGGAUUUCAGGUCGGGAGCUCGGGUGGAGGAAUUGAACAAACUCAUCCAAGAAUUUACGAAGCACGAUCAGCGGGAAUAUGACGACCAGAGAGCACUGGAGAUUCACACAGCUAAGGAUUUCAUAUUUUCCAUGCUGGGAAUGGUGCAAAAGCUGGACCAAAAACUGCCAGUGGCCAAUGAGUACCUGCUGCUUUCUGGAGGAGUCCGAGAAGGCGUGGUAGACCUGGAUUUAGAUGAGCUUAAUGUCUAUGCCCGAGGGACCGACUAUGAUAUGGACUUCACUCUCCUGGUGCCAGCCCUUAAGCUGCAUGACCGUAAUCAGCCUGUGACACUGGAUAUGCGCCACUCAGCCUUAUGUCACUCUUGGCUGAGCCUUCGGCUCUUCGACGAGGGGACGAUAAGUAAAUGGAAAGACUGCUGCACCAUCGUAGAUCACAUCAACGGUGCCACCAACUACUUUUUCUCUCCAACCAAAGUGGCCGACUGGUUCUAUGACUCCAUCAGCAUUGUCCUCUCAGAGAUACAGAAGAAACCCCAGAGAGGGAUGCCAAAGGUGGAAAAAGUGGAAAAGAAUGGGACCAUCAUCUCCAUCAUUCUGGGUGUGGGGAGCAGUCGCAUGUUGUACGAUAUUGUCCCAGUGGUCUCCUUCAAAGGUUGGCCGGCAGUGGCCCAGAGCUGGCUCAUGGAGAACCACUUUUGGGAUGGGAAGAUCACUGAGGAAGAAGUCAUCAGUGGGUUUUACCUGGUACCAGCUUGUUCCUACAAGGGAAAGAAGGACAAUGAGUGGCGGCUGUCUUUUGCCAGGAGUGAGGUGCAGUUGAAGAAGUGUAUCUCCAGCAGCCUCAUGCAGGCGUACCAGGCCUGCAAAGCCAUCAUCAUUAAACUCCUGUCCCGGCCCAAGGCCAUCAGCCCCUACCACCUGCGGAGCAUGAUGCUCUGGGCCUGCGACAGACUUCCCGCCAACUACUUGGCCCAAGAAGACUAUGCAGCCCACUUUUUGCUGGGCCUCAUUGAUGACCUGCAACACUGUCUGGUCAACAAGAUGUGUCCCAAUUACUUCAUCCCUCAGUGCAACAUGCUGGAGCACCUGUCUGAGGAGACAGUCAUGCUCCACGCGCGGAAGCUCUCCUCCGUCCGCUCAGACCCAGCAGAGCACUUGCGCACCGCCAUCGAGCAUGUCAAGGCAGCCAACCGGCUGACGCUGGAGCUCCAAAGGCGAGGGAGCACCACCAGCAUCCCCUCCCCGCAGUCGGAUGGCGGGGACCCCAACCAGCCCGAUGACCGUCUGGCCAAAAAACUGCAGCAGCUAGUGACUGAGAAUCCGGGGAAGUCCAUCUCCGUCUUCAUUAACCCUGAUGAUGUCACAAGGCCCCAUUUCAGAAUUGACGACAAAUUUUUCUGAGCAUUUUUGCUGCCUUUUUUUUUUUUUUUUGCUCUGGUUCUGAAACUCUCAUAAUAUGUAGUGUGGUUUGUGUCUUUCCGGUUUUUUUUUUUUAUAUCCAGCCUGGAUCGGAUCUGUUAAGAACACAUCUUAAGUUUCCUGGUUCUGCAGGAAGGUGUAGACUUUGAAACAGUAUAUUACUAUUUCAUAUUCUGCCUCUGAUUUUGCUGUUUACUUUUUGUAGUUAUUGUUUUGUUUUGGUGUUUGUUUGUUUGUUUGUUUUAAGGAGAACUUGAGCCAUAGAUGAAAUGCCCAUGAAUUAUCUCCCUUCUUUCUGUUUCAUACUUUGUGAAAAAUUAAUGGGAGUGGGGAAUCUCUCUUUCUGAUACUUCAGGAUUCUAUGUUUGGUGUUGCUUUUCUUUGUCUUUAUUUUUUUUAAUGAAUGCUCAUCACUACAGAUAUUUGAAAAUCAUCUGAAUCUGGAAACUACCUGGUAUGUCAGCUGGACUUGUUGAUACUUUUUUCGACCAGUGGCCAGGGUAAUUUCUCCCUCUCUGCCAAACAAUGUAGACUUUGAAAGUGAUAAUGCUACAAAUUAUGUUUGGAGCAACUUCAUUGAAUGUAAUUGUCCCCAAAUCGGAACUUUGGAUGGUUUGGAAGGGUGUCUUUGACAACUUUCCAAGUAGAAUUAAGGUUUCCAAAUGGUAGUUUUAGUGUGUGUAAUUAUUUGAAGCCUUAUUUAAAUCCUAUUAAUGAACAUACCAUUAUAAUUGUUAUUUGCACUAAUGAAAUCUUUGCCAUUGUCAGAGUUCCAAUGCGUGUGUUUCAAUAUAAAUGGACAUCUACUGUUGAAAUGCUAUCAUUUCUUCAUUUAGCUCAUUUCUCUUAAUCAAUAGAAUGAUUCUUUGUGUUUGUUUAGUUCUCCUUUAUGUGGGUUCCUAUUUGGUCCUCUUUGAAUUUCCUGGUUCCUAUCUUACCAAGACAAGUUUUUCAAGCUUUAUACCUGCUGAGUGACUUUAUCUGAACUUGGGGAAAAUGUAUGAUUGAUAAAGUAGUUGUCUUUGUAUGUAUAGUUGAUCCUUGAACAACACAGGUUUCAACUGUGUGGAUUCACUUAUAUGCAGAUUUUUUUUUUCACUAAAUGUGUUAGUUGAAUGUAUGGGUUUGGAACCAUGAAUAGAAGGUCCACCAUAAAGUUAUAUAUGGAUAUUCAACCUCAUAAGGUCAGUGUUCCUAACCCCCACAUUAUUCAAGGGUCAACCGUAUUUCUUUUGACAUUAUAGGGUUAAGCUUUUUUGUACAGUCUGUUUGGUUCUUCUGAGAGUUUUGAGAAAAACUAGAAGGAAAAAUGACAUUAAUCCCCAAAUAGAAGAUACCAUGCCAGUUCAAAAGCAGGUUUUGCCAUAGAGCAGGAACCAGGAAAUAACUGGGUGGAAGCCUUGGUGUAGAGGUGUCCUGUCUUCAAGAAUGAAAUUACUUGCCAGGUUUAGGUGCUGCAAGGCAUCGGCUCCCUGUUUUGGUAUGGACUCAUUUCAGACUGUAGUGUCUGGGGGCCGGGGGCCGGCCGAUCUCUCAAAGGAGUACUGUGCUGUCUACUGUUGGAAAGGUCAAGCAACACUUUGAUCUUGAAUGUCCAGUCUCAUGGGGUGGAUUUUGGCCAAUUGAAAUCAGGCAUAUGCAGUCUUGGUUUUUGCAUGGGAAUUAUUGUAAUGCUUAUGAAUGAAAAUGAAAUCAUUCAACCAUCUCAAACAAAAGUAAUAAUAAAAGAAACAUACUGGCCUUGGA